UUCUAUGCAUUAUCAGAACAAUUACAAAGUGUCAAAGGAAUUCAAAUCUCGCACAAAGAGCUAAGAAAAACCUUGGUUCAGUUCCUCGAUGAGAACCCUAGUCUGGUAAGUUGAUGACUAUAGUCUAACUUAGACAAAAACUAUUCGCACGGGCCUUCCGUAUCUGUUUGGCCGAUUUCUCCCAUAUGAUAAGGAACUGAACGUAUCAUGCUGUCUGCGCGAGAACAAGUGAGUCAGCUCCAGCUUCAUCUUUCACCCAGCUUGCCCUAUCCUUAAUUACCAUCCUCUUUCAUACCACUGCAUACUGCCCUAGACCUGUUCCUUUGUAUCGCGCCAGUUAUAAUCGUUUCCCUUAACUCAUUUGGACGUUUCUUUGCUAAACUAAAUUGGAUUGAACAUAACAAAAAAUACCUGACGUAUUAUGAUCUUCUUUGAAAUCACCCACCUCUUCGUUUUUAGUUUAAAAUACUUAAAGCUUUGACAGUGAAAUUGGGAGGUCACUUAAUUGUCUUGAUGACGUCAAACAAAUACGUCAUGACUUGAAAAAUUCGAAAUUCGCUUCCCUGCGAACCCUUGUGCCUCCCAGUGGGUGACUGGUUUAAAGGUUACCCUAGCCAACCACUCAUUUUUAAACAAACUUUACAUAAACUCUCUGACAGGUUAAAAUCACUCCACGUCCAUGCCGCUUAGUCAGAAAACAUUGAAAUUCACUUGUUUGAUGGUUUUUGUUCUUUAGCACGAAGGAACAUCUCUGUUUAACUUUGUCUCUGGAUACUCAUCUUGGCGUGAAUACUUACAAAGCAUGGCGAAAGACGGUAACUGGGGCGAUCAUGUGGUUUUGUUUGCUGCGGCAAAUCGCUUCCAAACUCCCAUCCGUAUUAUCAGCAGUCUUGACCAUGAAAUAGUUGUCCAUCCAGAUCAUGCACUUGCCAACAGCAGCCCCCUUGUGUUGGGACACAUUCACGAGUUACACUAUGUUAGUCUUCAGCCCAGACAAGGU